CAGCCUGAGCGGAAGUUUCUGUUGAAAGCACGGAAGACAACCGGAAGUGACGCAACAUCUUGUCGUGCUUGAAACAUGCUUGAAUGGAGGUGACCUUAGUUUUUAAAGGUUCGUAAGGAAACUCGGUGACGCUACACUCACCUGUGUUGUUAAUGAACUUUUAGAUUCUCGUUUGUUUCAGUCUAGAAAGACCUUUAGAGUUUUGCAAGUUCACGAACGAGAGAAGAUGGCAGAGGCUCAUCAGACGCGCGUGCAGAAUGUGGUGGAAGAAAUGGUUCAGAGUCUGGAGAGGGAGCACAUCCGCAAGAUGCAGGGACGCAUGUUCCAGUGCAGCGCAGACUGCUGUGCUCGCCCCUCAGAUUCCAUGUCUCAGGUGCAUCAGUGCAUCGAACGGUGUCACACUCCUCUGGCACAAGCUCAGAGUCUGGUAACCUCCGAGCUGGAGAAGUUUCAGGUGAGACACAAGAUUUAUUACUAUUUAAAUUGUGCCAUCUGCCAAUAUCUUAUGCUGCUAUCGCUAUGUGAAAUAAGUAUAGCUGCAAGGAGAUUUUCAGAGGAUUAAAAGGACUCGAGUAAA